AUGAAUAAUUUAAGCAACCCUUAUACUUACAAUAUUGUAACCCCUCAUAGUGUAACCCAGAGUGAUGCGAUGAACUUCCAGUUUGGUUUUCCAUUUCCUGGUGCCAGCAAUUUUAAUAAUAUACCAUAUGGUAUGCCCCCUGUGCAAAGUAACAUAACUAAUCCUACUGAGCCAUGGAUCGAUUCAUGGCUUGUUAAAAUUGGAAAAACCCAACCAACAUUAACAAAUGCUGUAAAAAAGCCAAAAGCUUCUAUUACUUCUGCUAGAGAAUCACUGAGGGCCUGUCUAGAUAUUUUGGAUAAACUUAAUGCCAUCAGUGGGGACUUGAGAACCAAUGUUCAAAAGUUAUCAUCGGCAGAAUGGAAGAAAAAAACUAUAAAAAUUGGUCAAUUGAAAGAAAAUUACUCUAUUAUAAUGAAUACUUUGAGUAACCCUGAAAAUAUGACGUCUCUACAGAAAGCUGUCAAGGAAAGAAAGAAGAAAAGAUCAACUCAGAAAAAAAAGAGGAUUCAGAGACAAGAAGAUCUCAAGAAAGAAAGGGAGGAGCAUCGUAAUAUAAAUCAACACAUUGACAGAUGGUUAGAAGUGAAAAAAGAAGAAGACAACAGGAUUAAAAUGGAAGAAUUAAUGAAUAAAGAUGUUGACUGCAGUCUUUCAGAUGUGAAUAAAAAGAAAGCCGAUGCCAAAAAGAAUUUGGCACUGAUAAGGGCAUUGGUGAAACUGCGCCAAGUCAGGGAAACCAUGCACACUCAAAGAGGAGAAAAAACAUCUUUGGAAGACAAACAGGCUUUCUCCUUGACCACUGCAAAAAUGUUGAAAAUUUGGGAAAAUACAUCCAAGCAGUACAAUGCUGAAGAAUUGAUGUUAAAGACCAUGUUAGAGAAAACAGCCACUGAAACUUUGAGAAAUAAGGAGUUACUCAAGGAAAGAGAAACACUUUUCCUAUGGGAAAAAGCCAUCUUUGGAAAUAAAGUCAAUCCCACUCCUGAAAAUGCUACCCAUUGGGCUCUGACAGCUGCUGAAAGGGACAUGGAAACUUUCAUAGCUAUCAGAAAAAGUUGGGACACUUUUCUGGUUCCUCCACCUCAAGGAUCAAGUCUGCCAAUAAGUUGGGUUUUUCCUCCAAAUCAAUGCACCGAGGAAUGGAAGAAAUUUCAGGCACACUAAUUUUUUUGUCACUUGUAAUUAAUAUUUAUAGUUUUUAUAUUCUUUAAUAAUUCUUAAUAAUAAAAAAAAUUUCAAACU